AUGGCUGGCGUCAAUUUUACCCUUGUGACUGAAUUCAUCCUGCUGGGGCUGACCGAUCGGGCUGAACUGAAGGCGUUCCUCUUUGUCUUGUUCCUGCUCAUCUAUGCGAUCUCCUUGGUGGGCAAUCUGGGCAUGCUGCUUCUCAUCCAGGUCACUCCCAAACUCCACAUGCCCAUGUACUAUUUCCUGAGCUGUCUGUCCUUGGUGGACGCCUGCUAUUCGUCCGUGUUCGCACCGAAAAUGCUCCUGAACUUCUUCGCUGCGCAGGAGACAAUCUCAUUCCGGGCAUGCAUCGUGCAGUAUUUCUUCUUCGUGACCCUUUUGACCACGGAGGGCUUUCUGCUGGCCGCCAUGGCUUAUGACCGCUAUGUGGCCAUCGCCAACCCUCUACUCUACACGGUGGCCAUGACGAGGACCGUGUGCGUGGUGCUGGUGUUCGGAUCCUGCGUCGGAGGUGUCAUCAACUCAUUGACACACACCAUCGGCCUGCUGAACCUGUCCUUCUGCGGGCCCAAGGUCAUCAGUCACUUCUUCUGUGACCUUCCCCCUCUGCUGAAGCUGUCGUGUUCUGACACCUCUAUGAAUGAACUGCUGCUUUUAGUCUUCUCUGGCAUCAUCGCCAUGAUUACAUUCUUGACGGUUAUGGUGUCCUACGUGUUCAUCGUGGCUGCCAUCCUGAAGAUCCGCUCGGCAGCAGGCAGACACAAAGCCUUCUCCACCUGUGCCUCUCACCUGACCGCUGUGACUUUGUUCUACGGCUCCAUAAGUUUCAGUUACAUCCAGCCGAGCUCCCAAUAUUCCCUAGAACAAGAGAAGGUAGUCUCGGUGUUUUAUACCCUGGUGAUCCCCAUGUUGAAUCCCUUGAUUUACAGCUUCAGGAACAAGGAGGUGAAGGAGGCUGUGAAGAGAGCGGUGGAGCUGAAACCUUUUCGUUGUUAA